AUGGCUACGCGAGCGAGAAUGAAUGUGCAAACAUUCCCGCGGCCACCUCUGUUAGAGAAGAUAUCUCGUCACUUACGAAUUGUGUGGAACGGCUUAGUGAUUGCGGAAACUCGAGAUGCCUAUUGGGUUCUGGAGACACAUCACCCCCCAACGUACUAUUUACCACCAGCGGCUUUGAAGGUACCGCUUACCCCGACCCGUCGAAGCACGUACUGCGAGUGGAAAGGUGGAGCUACGUAUUAUACAAUCACGGCUCCUAAACCGUCGUCUGGGACAUUGCCUGAGGUGAUCUCUAAUCGAAUCUGGUCUUACGAAUCACCAACACCCGGGUUCGAGGCGAUUAAGGGCUACUUAUCAUUUUAUGCUGACCCGUGGAGUUGCUUCGUCGACGACGAGGCAGUUCAGCCACAGCCGGGCGACUUUUACGGAGGAUGGGUGACUUCAGAGAUCGAUGGGAUCGUAAAGGGAGCUCAUGGCAACUGGGACCCUGUGGUGUAA